CACAUUGUGACGCAUCCAAUUUUCUACGCUUGGAUUUGUCGAAAAAUCGCAAGAUAUAUCAAGCAUAUCGUGAUGGAGGUGAAGGAAGGGAAGAUGACAGGAAGGGAAUGGAUAGACGAGAGGAAGAAUUUGGAAAGUUAUUGCAAGGAGGUGGAUCUCGUGUUUGGUCCCCUCUUGAUCAUUCAUUUACUGGUCGACGCAGUUCUCAUCACCGUCUUCUUGUUUCUCAAUGUGAAAGCCGUGCAAGCCUGGGGCUUGUUUUCCAACGAAUCGGGAAUUCACUCAUGCUUCAUCCUAUCCUUCUCCCUUUCGAUGAUCAUCUUUCACAUUUCGGCUGGAUGGGUUCACGAAGAGAACGGCAUAAAACUCCUUGAUGAAAUUAGUUGGAGUGAUUGGGGUUAG